AUGUUCAUGACACGCUCGGAAUAUGACAGGGGUGUUAACACCUUUUCUCCAGAAGGUCGAUUAUUUCAAGUUGAAUAUGCUAUCGAAGCUAUAAAGCUUGGCUCUACUGCCAUUGGUAUAAAGACCUCCGAAGGCAUUGUUUUAGCUGUCGAAAGAAGAAUAACUUCUCCACUGACUGAGCCAGAGAGUAUGGAAAAAAUUUUAAAAAUCGAUAAUCAUAUUGGUUGCGCAAUGAGUGGCUUAAUUGCUGAUUCUCGUACUCUGGUGGAUACUGCUCGGGUUGAAUCCCAGAGUCAUUGGUUUACAUAUAACGAGACAAUGACAGUGGAGAGUGUUACUCAUACUGUUUCUAAGUUAACACUACAGUUUGGAGAUGACGACGCCGGUGCUGGAGCUAUGAGUCGGCCAUUUGGCGUAGCUUUACUAUUUGCUGGAAUAGAUGAAAAAGGUCCACAGCUAUUUCACCUUGAUCCCUCUGGCACUUAUUUUGAAUGCGAAGCCAAAGCUAUCGGUUCUGGCUCAGAAGGGGCACAAUCACAAUUACAUGAAUUAUAUCACCAAAAUAUGAAUAUGAAGGAAGCUUUAAUCACGGUUUUAACCAUACUUAAACAAGUAAUGGAAGAAAAAAUUGACUCAAAUAAUGUUGAGGUAAUGCUUAUUGCUAAUGUUCAACGGGGUAAUUUUCUGCACUAA